GCCAAUAUCUGCCUCGCGCUUUCAGCGUCGCCGCCAUUUCACCCGACGAAGGACUCGAGCGGCGACCGGACGGUUUUUUUUUGCGGUAGCGGCGACGCAACGGGACAACAACACGACCCUAACCGGUUUUACGACUUCAACCUGCUUUUUAAUCGGCAUCUAGACCCAGUCCGCGUGGUUUAGAAGAGUUUGAUCCGAAAACGGAGGACAGCGAACAACUGAAGGCAAAAUGUCGUCUGAGGUUAAAUCGGAGAAGCCAGAGAAACAAGAACAAGGAAAUGCGGUGAACGGCAAGUCCAACCAUGAGUCGAGAAAGGAGAGGCCCCAGAAGCGCGGUGGAGGGGGCCGCUUUGAACCUUACGGGAACCCCAACAAGAGAUACCGUGUGUUUGUCAGCAACAUCCCCUAUGAUGUUAAAUGGCAAACCCUCAAAGAUCUCAUGAAGGAAAAAGGUACGUUUUCGUUGCGUUCAGCUGCACAUCUACGUUAGCCUAGAGCCAUGGAGCUUUAGUUUUGGGGGUUUCGAAGGUGGCCACCUACUCAGUUGCUUUAGGUCAGAGGAUAAACAUCCCAUCAUGGGGAAGUGGUCUGUUGGAAAAGUGUCUUGUCUGUUGUGGAAAACGAUUAAUAAUUCAAGCUCGCUAAUGUUGGUGGAUGGCACUUUAAAAAUUGUGCGAAACGCACGUACACACAGAAUCGAGUCUAAUCCAUUUAUACGAAUCUGAUGCCAUCAUUUGGUCUCUUUGGCUUUGGAGAAAGUGUGUAGUUUGUUUUUUUCCCCAACCUAACCUGUUGGUUAGUAUUUCAGUACUAUAUGAGUGGUCACAUUUUUCCCUAUCCAUGUGUAGCAGCCCCUCCAUGCUUAAUGAUUCGUACGCAUGGGGAAUUUCAUGUGGAAAUUGUUGCCUGUAGAAUUAAAUUGCAUUUUCUUUUUUAGGUGAAUGCCAGAGUGAAUGUUGUUGCAGCUGAUCUUCAUUAUUGUGCCCU